AUGAACAGAAAGCCUGUUCUUACACCACCUGCCAAGUGGCCUGUUAAAAAGUCAAGCAAGAGGAAAAAAUCUGCUAAUGUAAUUUGUUCUAUUCUGUGCCAGGUAACAGCGGUGCUGCCCGGCAGCCCCGGCGGGUGCGGUGCCGGCAGGGCUGGCCGGAGCCUCGGGCCUUGCCCGGGUGUGGGAGUCCCGGGGUCACCCCGGCUGGUGCGGGGAGAAAAACGCAGCGGUUUUGCUGAAAAAUGGUUGAAUUUAUUUGAUGAGGAAAGUACUAAAUUCAAGAAUGUCUGGACAACUCAUUCUGCAUCUCCUAUUGCAUAUGAAAGAGGAAGAAUUUACUUGGACAAUUACCAGUGCUGUAUUAGCAGCAUUGCACAAAAGCCAAGAAUACUUUAUCAAAAGCCAAAGUGUUCUAAGUCAGAAAAAAUAGAAGAUGCUUUAUUAUUGGAAUGCCCACUGGGGGAAAUGCUACCAAGUCCAUCUGACUAUAAAUCUUCCCUGAUAGUCUUGACAGCGCAGAACUGGCUUCUACGUCUCUCUGCUGAUAGUGGAGAAAUACUGGAAAAAAUAUACCUUGCUGGUUCCUGUUGCAAAUUCAGGUAUCUGAGCUGGGAUACUCCUCAAGAGGUAAUGGUUGUAAAGUCAGUUCAGAAUAAGCUCCCUGCAGCAGCACAGCAGGCAGGUAUCCAACAGUCUGUAUUGUUCUAUCUUGCUGUAUUCCGAGUUUUGCCUCUUUCAUUCAUUGGAAUGCUAGAAAUAAACAAAAAGAUAUUUGGUAACUGUGUGACAGAUGUUGCUGUUUCUAAUGGAAUUCUGAUUGUAAUGUAUAGUAUGGGUCUGGUCAGGCUCUAUAACUUCCAGGCCAUCUUUGAGCAGUUCAUGGAACAGCCAUUUGCGUUGGGACAGGAAUUCAACUGGAAUGGUCAAGUGGGAGUUGUGGGAAAGUAUCCAUUUGGUCUUCCAUGUAACAUUAAAAUAACAGAUACCCCACCUUUGCUAUUUGAAGAAUGUUCUCUGGAGAAUGCAUUUCAAAUUGGAGGUUACCCUUGGCAUUAUAUCAUCACACCUAACAAGAAAAAACAUAGAGGAGUCUUCCAUAUUUGUUCUCUGAAAGACAGUGUUUUGGCAAAAAAUGGAGUACAAGAAAUGAAAUGCUGUUCACUGGAACCUGAUUGGAUAUAUUUCCAUCCAGAUAUGUCAGGCAGAAUAAUCCACGUGGGACCAAAUUUGAUAAAAGUCUUGAAGCUUAAGGAAGUUCAAAAUAAUACAGAUCAAAUGGAGAUUGCAGAAGAUUUUUUGAUUGUGGCCAACAGAGAAAACUGUGUGAACAAUGCUGUUACUGUAACAGCUUCUGGUCGGGUGGUGAAAAAGCGUUUUAACUUGCUGGAUGAUGACCCAGAACAAGAGACAUUCAAAAUAGUGGACUAUGAAGAUGAAUUGGAUUUGUUAUCCACUGUGGCAGUUACUCAAAUAGGAGCUGAUGGAAAAGCACACCUUGACUUUCAUUGUAAUGAACAUGGGAUUCUACUUAAGAGUAUUCCAUUACUGGAGUCCUGGGAUGUGACUUACAGUCAUGAAGUUUACUUUGACAAAGACCUUGUGUUACAUAUAGAACAGAAGCCUAACAGGAAAUUCAGUUGUUAUGUCUACCAAAUGGUCUGUGAUAGUGCAAAAGAUGAUGAAUGUUCAAGCCAUGAAAAAACAGAAAGAGUGGCCUAUAAAAAAGGAGGGAGAAUUUUUGAAUAUACUUAAGACAUAAACAACUACAGAGACUUCAAUCUGGAUGUUAUUUAAGGACUUCAUACAUAUUAAUUAGUCAACUACUGUUCUUCAUGGAGGAUUUAAACUUAACAUUUUGUACUAUUACAUCAAGUUUUAUUUCUUUUUUUCUCUGUAAAUUUGUACACUUGUUUGUAGUCCAUAAUGGCUUUUCAUGUAUUCACCAAUUCAUUCUUAAUGCUAGAUGCAGCAUUUAUUGCUUCUCUUCAGCAAUUGGAAUGAAAUACUGGACAUAGAGGAGAAAGAUGUGGACUUACUGAUCAUCUGCCAUCUGCUGCAGUCUGUCUGAUGUAGUUUUACCUAUGCAACUUUAAUACAGGCUAUUAAUUGGGCAAAGUAGUUAAAACUGUAUAGGAUAAA